AUGGCCCGUUACCUGAUGAUGCCAUACGCCAGUCGAUAUGAAGUCGGAGAUUCGAAAGAUGCGGCUAAAAAGUUGUUCGAUACGAUGAUGCAGGAUUGCGCUGAAACUACCACUGGGGUCGAGAAGUGCUCACAUAUUCCACCGGAUGUGCGUGAGGGUGUCUAUUGCUCGGCGAUUAAGUUUGGUCCUCAGGCCAAUUUCGACUUUCUGCUCAAACUUUAUCAUCAACAGGUCAAGUAUCAGUAUUACUUCUAUCAAGAAUAUCACGCAAUGCUCGCUGGUCUAGCCUGCACAACAUCUAAAGAAAACCUCAAAGGACUCAUACCGAUUGUGCUCAACGCGAACACUCCGGAAGCAGCCUAUCGACCACUGAUGUACCUAACACGAAAUCCGAUCGCAAGUGAUAUGAUGAUGGAAUAUUUCCGUUCCAACGCAAAACAAGUUUUGGAAAGUGGGCAAAUAGACUUGUAUCUUCAAUCCAUGACUGCCGCAUGGCAAACGCAGACUCGUCUCGAUCAGUUCAUUCAACUGUGUAACGAUCUGGAGAGUGGUGAUCCUCAAGUACCAGCCAGCGUUUGUGCCCCGCAUAUUGCCAGUCUUCGUGCACAGGUUUCACGAGCACAACGCUACUUACCCGACAUCGUUCAUAUCUUCUAUGACCGAUUUGUGAAGGAGGGAGAUGAUCCAUGGGAUGAACGACUACCUCAUAGUUUGAUGCCGUUGAAGUAUAACGCUUUCAUCCAACCCUAUUUCCCGUCGUCCGGUGCGUAUCCAUGGUACAAAAAUAUGACUUUCGAUUCAGUGGUUGACGUGAGUUUCCGAAUUUACUUGUCUAUUUUAAAUGAGCAUUUAUUUGAAUUUUUAUUUGGAUUGCUUUUCUAA